AUGAAAUUACAAACACAAACAAUUAAAAAAGUUAGAAGUGUUAGAGUAAAGGCUAUUGAAAUGCACACAAAUAAGCAACUUGCAAUUGUUGGUCUUUAUAAUGGAUAUCUCCAGACAUGGAAUCCUAUUAAAUGUAGUUUAAUUAAUGAGACACAGGUUACAGAAUUUCCUAUAAGAACUUUAGCAUUAAUAGAAAAGAACAAUACUGUAUUAAUUGGUGCUGAUGAUGGAAGAAUAUAUGUGUAUGAACUUAAUAAUUUACAAAAGCUUAAUGUAUUUGAUGCACAUGAGGAUUUUAUAAGAAAAAUUAUAGUAAACUCUGCAAAUACAGAAUUUUUAUCUUGUAGUGAUGACAGUACAAUUAAAUUAUGGGAAAUAGGACCGGCUAUAAAAAACAAGCAUGUUUUUAGUGGGCACACACAUUUUGUUAUGGAUAUUUGCUAUAAUCCUAAAAAUUCUAAGCAAUUUAUAUCUUGUUCUUUAGAUGGAACUAUUAAAUUAUGGGAUAAAGAAAGUGGAUUGUGUAUUAAAACAUUUAAAGGACAUAAGAGUGGCAUAAACACGCUUUCUUUUUGCAAAGAUGAUACAUAUUUCGUUAGUGGUUCAGAUGAUCUUACUGUAAAAGUAUGGGAUUUAAAUAAUGGAAAUUGUAUAAGUACAUUUAAAGGGCAUACAAAUAAUAUUAUAAAUGUUUAUGUAUUUACAAAAUUGCCUUUUAUUGUAUCAUGUUCUGAAGAUGGUUCUUACAGAUUAUGGGAUAUGAAUACGUAUGAGAAUAAAGAAAUUAUUAAUUUAAAUAGCGGAAGAGUUUGGCAAUUUAAGGAAAAUAACGGUAAUAUUAUGAUAGGAACUGAUGAAGAGUUGAUAUUUAAUAAAGUUAAAACAGGACUUUCUUUACUUACAAUGAAAAAUAAUAAAUUGUUCUUUACUGUACAAAAUAUGAUAUAUAGUUGUAGAUGUGAUGAUUUAUACAACUUAAAGAAAAUAGCAGAGCUUGGGUUCUAUCCUUCCUCGCUGAGUGUAUCGGACAAUUCAAAAACUAUUGCUGUAUGCGAUGAUAAUAAUUUUUAUGUACACUCUUCAUUGGGAUUUAGAAAGAAAAUUAAUGGCAUUGGAACUAAUUUACAUUUUGUUUCAAAUGAAAACUUUUUAAUUGCUCGCGAUGGAAAUAUUGAAUUUUUUGAAAAAUAUGAGAGAACUAAUGCUUUCAAAGUUGGUAACCUUAAGAGUAUUUUAUGUGUUAAUAAGUAUAUUUAUGUUCAAACGACUCAUAAUAUAGUUGUUUAUACACUUAACGGUAACAAAAUUUAUACUUUUAAUUUUAUUGCGAAUAAAAUGAUUGCAAAUGAUAAAUUUCUGAUAUUUGUAAAAGAAAAAGAAAUUUUUGUUUGGGAAUUUAAUGGUGAAAUUAUUGAUGCCUACUUAGAACAGGAUUUAGAUAUUGAUGAUACUGGAAUUCCUGAUUCAUUUAAAUUUAUAAAUAAUUUUGAUGCGAAAGUAAAUACAUUUUGUUUAAAUGAAAAUCUUUUCGUUUUUGAAUCUGAAGGAAGAGGUUUUUAUUUAAUAUUACAAGAAACCCCUUACUUGUACAACUUUGGUACGGUAAAUGGACUAAUUGGUGGGAUGUUUGAGAAUCAUUUACUAAUUAUUAAUCAUAAAAAAGUGAAUGCAAUCAAAUUAGAUUUUGAUUUUAUUAACUUUCAGAUUAAAGUAUUGAAUAAUGACAAGACUGAUAUCAAAGAAGGUUUUAGGAUUCGUGCAAUAUCAUUUUUUGAAUCUCUUAAUAUGUAUAAUGACGCAUUAAAUAUUUGUACAAGUGACAGUCAAAAAUUUGAAAUUUUAAUUAAAUUGGGUAGAUUACAAGAAGCAUAUGAAAUGUCAAAUACAUCUUUGAUGUAUGACAGGGUUGGUAAUGAAUAUUUAAAAUGUAAAGAUUUAGUUAAUGCUACAGAAUGUUUUUACAAAUCAAAAAAUUGGAAAUCUUUAUUAUUUGUAGAUUUGUUAUGCAAUAAGAAAUAUUUAAAGGAAAUUGCAGAAAAUGCUAUUAAAGAAGGAGAAAAUAAUCUGGCAUUUAUUGCAUGCAUGAAGUCUGAAGACUAUGUAAAGAGCGGAGAAUUGCUUAAAAAUACAAAAUUUUAUAAUUUUUUUAAACAAACCUAUUUGAAUUAA